CCAUAAUGUGUUAUGUUUGUUCAAUGGCUUUGCUUUGCAAAUUGAGCUGAGCAAUAGCAUAUGGCUAUAAGCUAUAUAGACUUGGAUUUGCAGAGGGUAGACUUAACUUAUGAAUAAUAUGAAAACUCAUCUUUGAGUUAAUUUACAUAUCUGUUGCAGCCUAAUACUUUUACUUUCUAGAUUUUCUGCAGUACGUGAUAUCUAAUGAUCUCUUUUUUAUCCGCAGUCUAAGAGUGUGCGAAGGUCCUUAUGACCCUGCCUUGGUCAGAGCAUGGGAAUAUUGGGAUGAAAAGCAUGGUUCUGAAAAUGAUCAUCCUAAGGAGUUUCCAGAGAAACAUGUUUAGCGUUGAGCUUUUAUAGACAUAACUGACUGCUUUCAAAAAUCCAUCCGCUUCCUGCACGCACGAUGUACAUGCAUGUUUUAUAUGUAGAUAUUUACAUUGAAUUGGCUGACGUUGCAAAAUCCCCGUAUGACAUCAGUGCUGCAAGUUCCAGAGUAAGGUUUAUAGGUUUUUUUACCAUGUUCAAUUAAUUUAUGCAGUGCUUUGUUGUGUUUGUACUACAACAUGGUGGGAAAGACCUUGAAAGCUUUGUGCUCUUAAACUUUGAUGAAGUGCAUAGUUUAUUGGUUCAGGUUACAGCUGGCUUAGCUAUCGCAGAAGCUGCAUAUGAAUUUGAGCAUCGUGACCUGCACUGGGGAAACAUUCUUUUGCGUCGAAAUGACUCUAAUACAGUGCAGUUUAUCCUGGAGGGGAAGAAAAUGAUUUUCAGAACUUCAGGAUUAUUGAUCUCAAUAAUUGAUUUUACUCUGUCCAGAAUUAAUACAGGUCAAGAUAUACUCUUCCUGGACUUAACCUCGGACCCUUAUCUCUUUAAGGGCCCGAAAGGAGAUAGACAGGCAGAAACGUAUAGGAAGAUGAAGGAAGUAACUGGAGACUUCUGGGAAGGAAGCUUUCCCAAGACAAAUGUAUUGUGGUUGAUAUACUUGGUGGACAUAUUGCUCCUGAAGAAAUCUUUUGAUCGCUCUUCAAAAAACGAGGGAGAUUUGCACUCAUUGAAAAGGCGUCUCAGCAAGUAUAAUUCAGCUAAGGAAGCCAUUAUUUUGGAUCCCUUCUUCAGCAACUUGCUUGUUUUGUAAAUAAAAUGAGCCGUGAGAAGGAAUAUGCAAUCAAAGUUUUUUGUAAUUAUAACAUAGAUGCUAGUUAUGACUCAACUAGCAUCUUGUGAUGAUUGGAGGACAUGACUGACAAAAGUUUGUGAUAAUCUUUAGAACACAUGCACCAUGUUAAGUGUGCAAGUAACAUAGGAAAAGAGAGUUCAUGUCAUUGAUUUGAAGUUCACUAAGUUGAUCUGAUCUUUAACUGGCUGUGGAUGGCAUGUAAGGCUGCCCAAUGUUUUAUACUGUCUUUUUGGUCACUUUGCAAUAAAGUUUGAAUGCUGAAUCA